CAAGCACGCGUUGCGGCAUCGCGGUUCGGCGCGCUAGUAGUGCACUGCUGGAAACACCACGACGAGGAAGGUUUGAGAAAGCAAUACGAAGAAAAGAGGGAGAACACGCGAAAGCAAUACGAGAGAGACGAAGAUCGAAUUAGAUAGUGAGCGCGCAGAGGAAGCAGGGAGGGUGGGACACAUCGUGGGUCCUCGGCGCUAGCGUCAGUUAUUCGGUUUACCGCUUCCUUGGCGGGUGUAGUGUGCUUAUAUAUUUUUUGACGAUUGUUACGACGAAUAAUUGACAUACGCGAAAAAUUAUAAACGUAUUUGGAGAAAUAUUUUGUAACGUACGUUCUGUUACACGAUACAGAAUAAAUCUUUGGACAAGAUCUAGUGCCAUAGCGCGUAAUCCCCAUCUCCUUGAUGCCAUUUGGACGCUCGCAUUAUUUGGAUUAAGAUAAUGCAAUAAUGUCUUGGCAAAGGGUCUUCCUCGCAGUAGGACUAUUCGGUGUUCUUCUAUUGCUGACGAAUGCAGACAACAGCGUGCACAUCCUGUCAAAGUACCAAUUGAUCACUUCGACCACCCUGAACUGGCUGCCCCGCACCCAUUAUGAUCACCUCAAGGAAAUAGUUAUUGGUGGUUUCGAGAUCGAAAAAUCGGAAGACGACUCGUUCAACAAUCAAGCAAACAAAUCAGAAAAAAGAAUACCCCUGUACGUAUGCAGGGUGUUGCACACGACUGUCUGGGUGGCUGGUGCCCAAAGGGGUAACGAGCAACGAUGCACCGUGACGAUGCACGGUACCGUGCAGUCGUACGAUAAAUACGACUUGCUCGAGAACGUGAACAAUGCAGCACGCAUCAACUGGGAGUACUUGGAUAAAUACAAACCCACCCCGUUGGGAGCUGUGGCCACGGAGAAGAUGUUCGUCGCUCGGCACCUAGCGGAAACCCCCAAGAACACAUCGGCGGUGAGAUAUACCCAUUAUAUCGGCACCUUGGCCACCAACGACAACAUUCUAGAGAGUAUCAGCUACGUGAAAGAUGAUGGUACAGAAGGAAUCGCAAAGAGUGGUGACGUUCUGGUCGAAACGGAACCUAUCUAUUAUAAUCUGACGAUGGUUAAAUUAAAUUGGCCUAAAAAACGAGUGACCAAAAUGUCAAGUAUCAAUCCUUGUAUAUUUGAUAACGCGACCAUCGUCAAUAAUGGACCGGAAGCUGCAAAAAUGGCGAAAGCUUUCACUUACACGUACAAUUAUUCUAUGUACUGGGGUCAAGGCCACGCCAUUCUGAAAGGUCUAAAAACAUCAAUUAUAUUGAUGAAUGGUACGACUUUGCCACAAAUAAUGUGGGGCACAAAGGAAACUAGUACUCGUACUGAUGCAUAUACGGUGGAGAUAGUCCUCGAACCCGGUACAGGAAUAAAUGUUACUUUAAAAGGUUAUUGUAUCGAUAUGGAAGUACCCUAUUCUGGAACCUUAAUUUCGCAUUACGAGGAUGGAGAGACCAAAUCUCGUUUCAUAAGCGGUAUUCGAAGCGAACAGACAAUAUUUGAUGUAAAACCCGAAUUUGGAUCUAUCUAUUUCCUUGGAAAUUACAGUUUAGUUCCUACAACCACCGCAUCGCCAACAACGGAACCGAGCACUACUACUUCUACCACAAUUUCUCAAAAACAUAUAAAGGUAUUCGUCGUGAACAAAGAUAUUCUUCAUGAGCAUAACGUAGAUGAUAACGAGGAUCACGAUGAGAACAUGAUCAUACCGCCGAAAAAAUCGGAUAUGUCUAAUAUGCAAAGCGACGACGGUGGACCGUUGUCAUUGAAGAAUAAAGUAGAAACGACGCACUCUGGAACAUCUUUGUUUAGAAUAAAUUUAGGGAUGUUUAUAAUUUCGUUAAUAAUUAUCGUCCAUAGAAUUACAACUUUGAAAUAAUUACAACUUUAAAAAAUAUUCUAAUUACCUAAGUUGCAAUAGUAAUAUAUUCGUAGAGAAAAAAUUGUCCAGAGAUUACAAAAAAAAAAAAAAUACACCAAAAAAAAAAGGAAAAAAAAAUAGCAUAAAAAAGAAAAAAAUAGAAGAAAAAAUCACACCGAAAUAUUGCUGUAAUGUCAUACAUAUAGCGAGUGUGGAUAUGAAAUAAAAAAGCUCCUUCGUUAUAAAUUGCUGAUCAGUCAGAAUGCCGUGUCAGAACUGACAUAGUGCUUGCCUUUCAAAGAUGAAUAAAAAAUACUUCAUAUUUAAUAUAUAUAUAUAUAUAUAUAUAUAUAUAUACACACAUAAAAAUAUAUAUAUAUAUAUACACAUUUAGGAUAGUGAAAAAUAUCUUAACGAUGAGCUAGUCUCAUGACGAAUGUUAAGUACAUGUUAAGCGAUCGCAGCCAACAUAUAUAUGGAUAUGUUAACAACUAUGGAUCGUUAACAUUUACCUCUAUAUUGUUGAAUUAACUGAUGAAUGUAAACUAAUGACAUUCCGUCUUUAAACUAAUCUUGCUGUGAAUCGAUUUUCCAGUUAAACUAUUUUAUGCCUUCGCAAAGUGUACAUUCUAGAAUCUUCUCUGGGAAAAAUUUUGAAGAAAAGCUUUGAAUGGAAAAAAGAAUAAAAAAGAAAAGAAUGAUAUCCUUUUUUGGGAAAGACGUGUUCAAAAAGAGUUUAGAAUUACCACAGGUAUUAUUUCAGACAACUAUGUAUAUAAGAAUGUGUAUAGCUUCUAAAGAAAGCUUUUAAUGAUGAGUAAACGAAUGGAAAUUGAAGAAUAAUAAAAGAGAAUAAGAAUGUGGAGAGACAAAGAUUCGCGAAUUAAUGCAGUUAUAUAUUUUUGAGAGUGCAGUAUAAUUUUAGAAAAUUGUAAGAUUUAUAAAGGUGUAGCAAAUAAGAAUA